ACCGGUACCCGGUUUAUCAUAAGCUCUUUCCUUGACUCUUUCGACAGUUACCACUCUAUGCCAGUUUCGUAAUGUUCACUUCUCUGACCGUUCCCAUACAUGUUGCAUACAUCAAAGCUCUUGGAAAUAGCCAAGAUGAACUGUCCUAUCACCUCUCGGCUCACCUAAGGAUGAACGCGGUGUACUGGGGUUUGACUGCACUCUGUGUCAUGGGACACAAGGAUGCGUUGGAUCGCGAUGAGAUGAUAGAUUUCGUUAUGAGCUGCUGGGACGAAGAGGCAGGCGCAUUUAGUGCUCAUCCUGACCAUGACGCGCACCUGCUUUCUACUCUCAGCGCAAUACAAAUUUUGGUGACGCAGAACGCGCUCGAUAGAGUCGAUGUCGACCGCGUUGUGAAAUUCAUCUUGUCUUUGCAGCAGCCUUCUGGAAUAUUUGCGGGCGACGCUUUUGGCGAGACUGAUACACGCUUUUUGUAUUGUGCCGUCAAUGCUCUCUCGCUUCUCGGAAGGCUUGAUGAAUUGGACGUCGAGAAAACUGUUGCGUAUAUCAGGAGUUGCAGAAAUUUCGAUGGUGGAUUUGGAGCCGUUGCGGGCGCGGAAAGUCACGCUGCGCAAGUAUUCGUUUGUGUUGCGGCACUCGCUAUUCUGGACAGAUUGGAUGAGGUCGAUCAGCCGACCCUUUGUUGGUGGUUAUCAGAGCGACAACUACCGUGUGGAGGGCUUAACGGGCGCCCUGAGAAGCUGGAAGAUGUUUGCUACAGCUUCUUUGUGCUAUCCGCUCUUUCUAUCCUUGGCAAGCUCACAUGGAUAGACUCGAGUAAACUUGAGGCCUAUAUUCUCUCUGCGCAAGACACCGAGUCAGGAGGGAUUGCCGACCGCCCGGGCGAUAUGCCUGAUGUCUUCCACACACAUUUUGGCUUGGCCGGCCUGUCAUUAUUGGGAUACCCAGGACUAGUGGACCUUGACCCAGUGUACUGCAUGCCUGCCGGCAUCAUUGAAAAUAUGGGUCUCAGGAAGGAGUGGAAGGCUUUACAGAGAAGGACUUCGUGAUUUGCGGUUGCAUUAUGGCUACAUAUGUCGAGAAUUUUACUGGAAGAAGUGACCAGGCUGAUUCAGAAAUUAGAAUUGGCACAAUGUUUUCCUGUAGUGCGCGUAUUUAUAGGCAAGGUGGUAGCGCUGGAAGGCUGUUCUCGCUGUCGCAUCGCUUUCAGUAGCUGAGUGGGUCCUUAGCGCUAACCCACUCAUGCACCCGUGUCUGCACCUCGAAGAAAUUCUACAGGAGAUCUUCAAAAGUGCUGACUAUAGGUCGUUGACGAUUCUCGCAAGGACAUGUCGAUUGUUUUACGAGCCCGCGCUGAAUGACAUCUAUUCAGAUCUCCCAGGGCUCCAGCCAUUAAUUGAGCGCUUGCCCCGCGAUCUGUGGUCAACGAGGUCCGGUACAUUGGUUGUUAGGGGUCCCUUGCGCCCUG